AUGGAUCCAAAGCACCCUCCUGAGCUCAGCAGUAUGACGGGCGUCCCCUGGCUGGGACGUGGAGCAGGAUUACAGCCUCAGGAGCCGGCUGUAGGACGUGGUAGAGGGCUACUGCUCUCUACAGAAAAGCCUGGUGUAGGACGAGCCAGAGGUUUCCCAACUCUAGGCGAUACCCCACAAGGACAAGGAGUAACUCUGCCCAUUACUGAACCUGUGUUUGGACGUGCCAGAAGGCUGCUGGUGCAGCCUGAAUAUGGAGGAGUUGGCCUAGCCAGGGGGCUGCUCUUCCCAGCAACUGAGCCAGUGUUAGGGGUGGCCAGAGGUGCAAUCCUGCCUAGUCUGGAUCCGCAGCAUGUACAGACGCCACCACGUGAAACCACAACACGAGACCAAACAGAGGAGAGCUCUACUUUAACAACAAAAGAGGUUGACACGACUACCUAUGGUCAAGGAUCAACACUGGUCUCAAUGUUUAGAGGAAUGGGCAUUGAGCCUUCAAUGACCUCAUGGGGAAGAGGAGCACCACCUCUGGGAAGAGGAGCAGCUGGUGGUAUGGGUGAUACAAAGCUGCAAGGUGUCCCAGUAGAUGUCUUCAGCAGUCCAGAGAGCAUGGGCCUACCUGAAGAGGUGAUGGGCAGAGGCAGCAGUCUCCGAGGCCGAGGUUUGUCCCCACAGACGAUGGUAGGGCUUGGAAGAGCAGCGAUGCCUCAACCUGGAGUAGGAAGAGGACGCGCUCUGCCGCCUCCUUUUUCUCCAGGUCGUAUUGAGUCUGUUUCUCCAGCCCCUGAGCAACAAGGAGCUCUAUACUCUCAGACUUCCCACACUGGAAUCGUACCCCUGCUGCCCACUACUCCAGAGUUGCCGAAGCCUUCUGCUGUUGCACCGGCAAAGACAGAGCUGAAAAUGGAGGCAGUCCGUGAGCCACAAAACAAGGCUGGAACAAAAGGAGCUCCUAUAACUAUCGGCUCAAACCACAUCCCGAUUCGCUGCAAGAAUGAAGCUGUCUAUCAGUACCAUGUUACAUUCACUCCAAACGUUGAAUCAAUGGCGAUGCGUUUUGGCAUGAUGAAAGAUCACCGCUCAGCCACAGGGGAAGUAGUAGCUUUUGAUGGCUCCAUACUCUUCCUGCCUGUGAAGCUGAAUGACGUGGUUGUUCUCAAGAGUUUGAGACGGACCGAUAAUGUGGAAAUACAAAUACAAAUUGAGAUGACGAAGAUUUUGCCACCCAACUCAGAUCUAUGCAUCCCAUUCUACAAUGUGGUUCUCAGGAGGGUAAUGAAAAUCAUCGGGCUGAAGCUGGUGGGUCGAAAUCAUUACGAUCCAGAAAGCGCAGUCAUUCUUGGAAAACAUCGGCUGCAAGUGUGGCCAGGUUACUCAACCAGUAUCAAGCGCACAGACGGAGGCCUGUACCUGAAUGUGGAUGUGUCUCACAAAGUCCUACGGAAUGACUCCGUGCUGGAUGUCAUGAACAUGCUGUACCAGCAGAGCAAACAGAGCUUCCAAGAUGAAUGCACCAAAGAGCUCAUAGGCAGCAUCGUCAUCACCCGCUACAACAACCGCACCUACCGCAUUGAUGCCAUCGAGUGGAACAAGUCUCCCAAGGACACCUUCACUUUGAUGGAUGGCACCCAAACCACCUUUGUGGAUUACUACAGCAAGAACUAUGGGAUUACAAUCAAAGAGAUGGACCAACCUCUGCUCAUGCAUCGUCCAAAGGAGAGAUCUAAGCCGGGAGGGAAGCAAGUCAUUACUGGGGAGAUCCUUUUAGUACCGGAGCUCUCUUUCAUGACGGGAAUCCCAGAGAAAAUGAGGAAGGACUUCAGAGCUAUGAAGGACCUGACCAUGCACAUAAAUGUGAGUGGUGAGCAGCACACUCACUCAAUAAAACAGCUUCUAAAGAACAUCAGAACAAACCCUGAGAGUCUGAAGGAGCUCAGCCGGUGGGGACUGGACAUGGACUCGGAAAUCCUGGUGAUGAAAGGUAGAACUCUUCCGGUUGAAACCAUCUGCCUACAGUCUUCAUCCUUCACCACUGGUGCUGACGUAUCCUGGUCCAGAGAGGUUGUCAGGGAUCCUUCAAUCAGCUCUCAACGUGACAAGUUAACCAAAAAAAACGAGUCUCCAAUGACUCGCCGGCAAUGCCUCAGAAAGUGGGAAGUACAGGUGAUCGAGGGGAAGCACUACAGAGGCCCGAAGGCUCCCGGUGCUUCAUCGCUCAUGCAGGUCAGUACCAUGGGGGAAGAGCCGCAGGUGGCUGGCAGUGAUGGAUACCGGGACCGCUGCAUAAUCUUUCACCCUUUCAAAAAUUAUUUGAGAGGCAAGCUGUCAAAGGGCCACUGCAGAGCCGACCCUCGCCGCCUGCUGCAGAACUUUAAUGUCAGCUCAUGA